AUGAGAUCACUGGUAGCUCCAGCACUCCUGGGUCUGAUCCUGGGAUGCAUAGCAAAUGCAGCUGUACUCCCUACCCUCCCUCAGGGAGAGUUUCCUGCUUGCGAUGACGUUGAGACGGAGCACAUGGCAGACUUCGCAGUGAACUACAUCAACGCAAAAAAUAACCACGGGUACAAGUACGCCCUAAACAGGAUCGAGAAGGUCAAGGUUCUCCCUCGGGUAAGUGCUUCCUGGCGGGUGGGGAGGAAGGUCAUUCUCCAGAUCAUACGAGGUGUGAGUGAAGGCUAUGUAAGAUCUUCAACUGUGCGGCACCCGUCCAAUACCCUGCUUCAGAACAAAACCUUCAUUAUGAGGUUUCAUCAUAAAAAUAAUCUUAUUUUUUGCACCCCACUCACCUGACUGGGUUGCCCCAGCCACACCGGGCAGCUUCCAACAUAUAAAAACAUAAUAAAACAUUAAACAUUAAAAACUUUGCUAUACAGUGGUACCUCAGGUUACAGACGCUUCAGGUUACAGAUUCUGCUAACCCAGAAAUAGUACCUCGGGUUAAGACCUCAGGAUAAGAACAGAAAUCACGCGGCAGCAGGAGGAGGCCCUACUAGCUAAAGUGAUGCUUCAGGUUAAGAACAGUUUCAGGUUAAGAAUGGACCUCCAGAAUGAAUUAAGUUCUGAACCCAGGGUACCACUGUACAGGGCUGCCUUCAGAUGUCUACUAAAGGUUGUAUAGUUACUUAUCUCCUUGGCUCAGGGGGUCGAAUAACUCCAUACCCUCCAACUUUUCUCCGAUGAGAAAAGGGAUGUCCUAAGGAAAAGCGAGACAUUUAGGGAUCAAAUCAGAAACUGGGAUGGCUUCUGUAAAUCUGGGACUGUCCCUGGACACUGGGAGGGUCUGUGGGUGGCUUCCAAGAGAUAUAAAAACAUAAUAGAACAUUACACAUUAAAAAGCUUCCCUAUACCGGGCUGCCUUCAGAUGUCUUUUAAUAGUUAUAUAGUUACUCAUCUCCUUGACAUCUGAAGGGAGGGCAUUCCACAGGGCGGGGGCCACCACCGAGAAGUCCUUCUGCCUGGUUCCCUGUAACCUCACUUCUUGCAGUGAGGGAACCGCCAGAAGGCCCUCGGCGCUGGACCUGUGUCCAGGCUGAAUGAUGUGGGUGGGGACGCUCCUUCAAGUAUACUGGGCUGAGGCCGUUUAGAGCUUCAAAAGUCAGCACCAACACUUUGAAUCGUUUAUUCGAUGUUGGUUUAUUUCACUACCAACCUUCCACUGAGAAGCUAUUGGGGUUCAGUGUACCCACACGGACGAUGGAAGCUUUGGUGUGGAUUGCACCUGGGCACGUCUUACUCCGUUGUUUAAAGGCAUCCAAAUGUCUUACUGUCCAGUGAGUGUCCCUAUUGCAUUUGGAAGAUGCACAUCUACCCAAUUCUGAAGUUGUGCAUGUCCUGAAUGGCUCACCGAAAGUGUUGUGGGAAUGAAGGGGUGGCAGUUAUGCAGAGGAGACCCACUGAAAUUAAUUGCCCUAAUUUACUCAUGCACACUCGUUUCAAGAGGUGCCGGAACGCACCACGAAUACCCGCCUUGUUUUCUUAUAAUGGCAAUGGUGUCUACCUGAGAGGUGUUGGAACUGAGUUCCGGCUGGAAAAAAAGCCCUCAAUAUAAUUAGUUGUACUUAGCUGAACACCACUCAAAGUCUGCACCACUCUCAAGGAACAUCCACUUGUUUGUUUGUUUGUUUGUUUGUUUGUUUGUUUGUUGCAUUUAUAUACUGAUGGCUCCAAUCCCCACUCAGCCAUGAAGCUCACUGGGUGGCCUUGGGCCAGUCAGUGCCUCUCAGCCAAACCUACCUUGCACAGUUGUUAUGCGGAUUAGAUGAGGGGGUUAACCACAUAUGCCACCUUGAGUACUUUGGAGUAAAAGGUGGCGUAAAAUGCAACAAAUAAAUUAAUUAAACAUAAGCUUCAAGAACAGGAAAGAAGCGAGCCAGGCUUCCAAGAAAGCUUCAUAAUGCCAGGAGUUCAGAGUAAGUCUCUACAGAAGCUCUCAGACCAGGAAACAUUGAUAGAUUUCCCCUUCAUCCUGCCCUCUUCUCUUUAAGGGGGCUGGAAGGAAGUACCAAAGGCAAUGACAUACCAUUUUGAAGAAAUUUCUGUUUUGGCACAUCUGUUAAGAGGGGAACUGACACCGUGAAGCACUCUAUGGAUUAAUAAUAAUAAUAAUAAUAAUAAUAAUAAUAAUAAUUUAUACCCCGCCCAUCUGGCUGAGUCUCCCCAGCCACUCUGGGCGGCUCCCAAUCAAGUGUUAAAAACAGUACAGCAUUAAAUAUUAAAAACUUCCCUGAACAGGGCUGCCUUCAGAUGUCUUUUAAAGAUAGGAUUUCCUGCUUAUUUCCUUCACAUCUGAAGGGAGGGUGUUCCACAGGGUGGGCGCCACUACUGAGAAGGCCCUCUGUCUGGUUCCCAGUGGGCCUUUUAGCUGUAUGCUGGUUAAAUAAAUGUAAACAAGUUUUUUUUAGUUUUUUUUAAUCUAAUCACCUUCUCUCAUUUCCUCCUCCACAGAGGCCGUUUGGGAAGAUAGCCUUCCUUGAGUUGGACUUAUUGGAGACUGAGUGCCAUGUGUCAAACCCACUGCCUGCUGAAAAUUGUACCAUAAGGCCACAGACACAGCAUGUGAGUUCCUGGACCUUUUGCUAACCUUGUGGAGAAUUUAAACAUGGAUUCUUGGGUGCAUGCAUCAUAUCUUUAUUCAAAUUAAUAGCAAUAAUAAUAAAGGCAUGUCAAUACAGGCUGACUGCUUGGAACUCAACUGUCCUGCUCACCAGGACGGUGCUGAUUUUACUUUUCAAAGUUGCACCCAACAAAAGUUUAAUUUACACAGCAAGCGUUCAUACUCAGGAUCCCUUAACAUUCUAAGGCAUAACUUGCCUGAGCUAUAUAACCUCAACCAAGUCUCUUGAUUGAGAGCGUGGGAAGUGCCUUUAUGGAUCAAAUCAAGUUCCACUUACUCAACUACGCAUUGCAAGGAUUUGAGCAGGUACUAGGUUGUCCACAAGAACAACCAAGUUACAAUUUAAUGGACGACCAGCCGCUAAAGAUUAGUCUGAUUCAUUCCAGUGGAAUUCAGCUAACCCUAACCUUUCCCAAACCUCAGCGGGUGAUGAUGUCCAACAUUCAAGGUCUGUGACUCAGUGAUGGAGCCAGUGGUGGAGGAACCCUCUCCGGCACCCGGGGCAGGACGCCGAUGGGCGGGGCGAAUCACCUGGUGGCGCACACACGGCGUCCAUAUGGACUGUGCAUGUGUGGCAUCCCGUACAGAGUGCGCAAGCGCAGCAGCUCACGCGGCGUCCGUAUGGGCUGCCGCUCACACACACCAUCCAUACGGGUGUCCGUACAGACUGCCGCACAAGCGGCAUCCCAUACGGACUCUGCAUGUGCAGCAUCCCGUACGGAGUGCGCACGCACGGCAGCCCGUACAGACACCCAUAUGGACAGCGUGCGAGAGCGGCAGCACCCAUACUGACUGUGUGUGCCCUCUGGAGGGAGGCAGGGGCCAUCUUAUCACACACAACCCCCCAGAGUGGCACCCAGGGUGGAUCACCCCCUCUGCCCCCCACUUCAUACACCCCUGGGUGGAGCAGCUGUUUUGCAUGCUGAGGGUUCUAGGUUCAUGGAGUCACAGAAUUGUAAAGUUGGAAGGAUCAUCUAAUCCAACCCCCUGCAGUGCAGGAAUAUUUUGCCCAAUGUGGGGCUUGAACCUAUGACCCAGAGAUUAAGAGUCUCAUGCUCUACCAGGUGAGCUAUCCCAGACCUCCUAAUUUUCCAUCAUCUCCUUGCCUGAAACCCUGGAGAGCCACUGCCUGCCCUUGUACACAGUAGUGAGAUAGAUAGACUGACUCUGCAUAACCUAUUGUGCCAAAAUUUGAAUUGACAGUGAAAGUUGAUUGUGUUCGGGAUCACAAACACAUCCUAAAAUAAUAAUAAUAAUAAAAAUAAAAAUACAACCUCCCAAAACCUAAAUAUUUGCCACACAUAAAAGCUUUAGUGUUUGAAUCUGUGGUCUCAGAUUUAAAAUCUGGACUCCUUUGAAUUAUAUGGUACGUCGUCCAAGUUCUAUUUCAACUGGUCAAAGUACAAGACAGAAACUAAGUAAGAAAUUCAAAUCUAUCUCAUUAUUUCUAGAACGGCAUCUUUUCCCACUUUGACUAUUCGUGGAAGUUGUGCCGUGGCUCCUUUGUUUAUAAUUGUCAAGUGCAUUGGCAAUUCUGGUAGCUUAUUACAAUUUUCUUUAGUGUGGGCCUUCCAGCCUGAGGGAAUUGUCAUACAAGUUUAACAGAUGGAUUAAAAAAAAAAAAUGUGUUGACUAAUAUCAACAAUGUGGCUAGAGAAGCAAACAGAAAAAUGAUCAUGGUGCAGUCUUGUAAUGAAGUCUACCCAAGUCCACCAUGCUCUUUUUAAAAACACCUGUUCAUAAGGCAUGGCUAGAGGGCUCAGGUCAAGGUCCACUUAGUCCAAUGGUAGUCACAAGAAUCCAAAAAAUCUGUUGGCAAUUGUCAUCCAAUAUAAAUGGUUAAUUGUGUAUUUAUGUGCACAAUAAACUGGCUAUAUUAGUCACCGGAGCAUCUGGAUAGCCUGAAGGUAUGGGGAGCAUUAUUCCAGUUUGCAAAAACUUCCCAGUUUGCAUUUCAAGGCAUUUCUUACACACUAUAGGUGACCAGGCCAGUGACUGUUUGCUAGGCUGGGUUUAGUCCCUUUUGGGUUCAGCAUCUGGGAGACGCAUAGCAUGUGUACCAGCCUUGGCCCACCAGGCAUUCCCCAGGUAUUUUGGACCAGAGCUUCCGACAGUCCUUGUCAACACAGCAAACGGACGUUGAGAUCCAAAACAUUGCCAAACAGGACAGCGUAGGCCGAUGUACAAGGUGUACAGUGUAUGUACAAGGUGUACAAUGAUGUACAAUGCUGCGGAACUUGGUUUUGCUCCCAUCAUAAUCAGCCCAUAAUCCUCUUCCUUUGAACCGCUAGGCUGUUGAAGGGGACUGCGACGUCAAACUCCUCAUUGUGGAUGGAGCCUACAAAGUGCUGUCUAGCAAAUGUCACUCUACUCCAGGUAAUCUCUUUGGCUGCUUUGCAGUCCUCGGUCACCAGGGCUGAGAAAUAGGGGGUCAAUGCCCCACGCUCCAACUCACUCCAUUUACCAUGACUCUCCCCAGGGCAUACCUCUCCCCAGCCUGGUUUGGCACAUCCCUUGAGUCGUUCUGCCUGGCCUAGGGAUAUGCCCUGCCUCUCAAAUGCCUUCCAUGUGGCCUCAUGAAGGGUUCCCAGAAGGCACCGCUAGCUUGAAGAAGGUUCUCCACCUCAAUCUAAGUUAGAGAGAGAGAGAGCAGCUGCAGGUGGGGCAAUGAGAACUAGUAGCACAAUGUGGGGGGCGGUGUUAACCCUUUCUCAGCCCUAGUGAGCACCACUCUUUCGCAGGUGCUGUUUGUCCCUGAGACAUCUGGGGCUUUCCCCCCCUACAGACUGUGUAGCACAAGAUUAAACCCUUGCUCUGUGAGACGUGGACUUGAUCCUGACUGGAUGUCACCACACCUAGCGCUCUUAAAAACAACAACUUACAUCCGUCAGUUGUGUCCUGUGGCCCUCAGUCCACCUGUGUGCUGAAUCUUUGUCUGGAAGGCACGUCCGGGCAUGCACAUGAACAAGGGAUGGAGAACUUGUGGCUCUCCAGAUAUUGUUGGACUCCAGAUCCCAUCACCCACUGCCAGCCUGGACAAUAGCCAAAUAUCAACAUCUGGAGAGGAGCCACAGGCUCCCUGUCCUUGAUAUAAACAUGAAGGGACCACACAGCUCUUAUAAUGGGUCUGUAGGUCGGUCCAACGAGAUGGUUGGACAGUGUUCUCAAAGCUACCAACAUGAGUCUGACCAAACUGCGGGAGGCAGUGGAAGACAGGAGUGCCUGGCGUGCUCUGGUCCAUGGGGCCACGAAGAGUCGGACACGACUAAAUGACUAAACAACAACAACAGGUCUUUUUCUGUUUCCUCUCAGUGUCUCGUUCUCCCAGUCUUGAGUUCACUUCUCCACAUUUCCAAAUGAGUUUGCCAAUUGGUUUUUCUUUUCUUUUUUUAACCCUCAGGAAAAUUGCCCAGCAUUUUCUUCUGACGCGCACAUUUUCUGUGCAAUUUUGCAUAAAAUACACACAACAACAACAUAUUAUUUGUACCCUGCCCAUCUGACUGGGUUGCUCCCGCCACGUUGGGUGGCUUCCAACAUAAUAUAAAAACACAGUGAAAACUUCCUGGUACAGAUGUCUAUGAAAAAUUGUGUAGUCAUUUAUCUCUUUGACCUCUGAUGAGAAGGUGCUCCACUACCGAGAAGGCCCUCUGCCUGGUUCCCUGUAACUUCACUUCUCGCAGUGAGGGAACUGCCAGAAGGCCCUUGGAGGUGGACCUUGGUAUUUGCAGGGCCAUCGUGAGUUCUUGGAGGAAGAGCAAAAUAAAAAUAUAAUAAAUUCCUUAAAUGUUCAUUUCUUAAGUUUCUGCCAACACAAAAUGGCUGCACCCUGUACUUUUCUCUUUUUCUUCCUUAGAUUCAGUUGAAGAUAUUAUCAGUGUUUGCCCUGAUUGUAACCCUUUGUCACAACUGGAUGACCCUAAGUUGAAGGAGGCAGCUAAUUCUGGGCUCGCCAAGUUCAACGCUGAAAAUGUCAAUGGAACCCACUACCAGCUCCUUGAGCUUUCAAGAGGGUUUACCUCAGUAAGUAUUCAGACAGGGCCACUAGCAGUGCUGCCGUAUUACAGAGAGAGUAGAGAGCAGGGAUGUUUGAAGACAUUGUUCAGUCCACAUGUUUAAGCGAGGCAAGCUGAUCUGCACUUCUAGUACGGAUGCACAGAUCUAAACGCAGUUAUCCCUUCUACUUUUGCUCUUUCAGAUUUUUGCAACACAAUUCUCGGCUCCCAAAUGGUCCAUUCUGGUGUGCAGGUUUCAUUCUGGCGGUCCACGCCAUCUGUAGUUGGAGGAGGGAGACAAAAUAUCCGUUGCAUUCAAUAUUCAAAUCCAUUUUUAAUUUCAUUUUUAUUACUCCUUCUUCUGAAUUGCAUUGCGUUUAGCCUAGUGCAUGUCAAUCACCACGAUGGGCAGACAAAUUAUGAAGACCAUCAGCAAGUUUCAGUUGAUCAGGCAAGGGCAGAGGGAAUUUGGGCACAACAGAUCAAAAACAAAACCAAGCAACACCAAUUAAUUAAAAAGUAGUAACGGCAAGCUUAUCCUCUAAAACAAAUAGUCCAAACAAGAGUGUUGGACUAAGACCAUUUUUGCUGGCGGCAAAUAGUGAGCAGUGAAGGGUUAAGGCAUAUCUUUCUUGGAAAGAUGGUCCAAAUGUGGGGGGACCAUGGCAGAGAAGGCCCUGCUUCCAGUGCCCACUCACUUUACCUCCAACCGUGAAGGGACCUGGAGAAGGGAACAUCUGGAGAGAAGUGGUUCCUGAGAUACCCUGGUCCCAAGGUGCUCGAGGAUUAAAAGUCCAGUCCAGCGCUUUGAACUGAGUCCAGAACAAAGCGGCAGGCAGUGAAACGGAUCAAGGAUGUGUGUGUGAAGUGAUAUGCUACCAGCUCCACUAAAAACGCUGGUUCCCCACAGCUGCCCUGAGCCUAACCUCCAUUGGAAAGAAGGACUGGUCUGAGUUGCUAGAAGGCAGCUUCAUAGGCUGGGUUGGUGGGAGGGAGUGGAAACUAAACAAAAGUGCCCCAGCGUUGCAAAUGCCCAUUUAUAUCAUUAAGAUUCUAUAUGACUCUUUCUGCUCAGUUGCGGCAUUUGAGAGAGACAGCUAAAAUGUUCCUUAUUACGUUCCCAGCAUAUGCCUCUAGGUACACAUGUGGAGUUUGCAAUUGCUGCCACUAACUGCUCAAGGCAACAAGCCCAAGACCCUGCAGAACACUGCCACGUGGCGACAGAUGAGCAUGCGGUAAGUGGAUGGGAUCCCAAUUAAUUCAGUGCAGAUUCCAGGACUGGUAACGUCUGCGGUCAAGUGAGACCUGCCAGCCCUUCUGCAUUGCGGGGCCCCUGUGCCUUUAAGAAAGCAUUUGAAAAAUGAAGUCCACACAUUUCUGACCUCCAUGGCUACAAGUCCCCCUCUCUAUAGAAAAAUACAUAUAUAAACUCGAAGAUUUCUAGACUUCAGGUCUAGAAAUGCCUGUUUUUCACAAGUGAAAGUGAUUUAAAUCUGGCCCAUGUUCACAAGCGAGUUGCUAGCUCUGCCAGACUUCAAAUCGCCAGACUCUGGAAGUUUGCAUUGGAUUCCUCAGGAUUUGGGUUCCUCAGGAUUUCAUACCCUCCAACAUUUCUCCGAUGAAAAUAGGGACGUCCCAUUCCACGGUGAUAAUUUUAUUAUUUAUACCCCACCUAUCUGACUGGGUUGCCCCAGUCACUCUGGGUGACGUCUAACAUGUAUAAACACAUAUUAAAACAUUAAACAUUAAGACACUUCCCCAUACUGGGCUGCUUUGUGUACAUUUCAUUGGUUAGAACAGCAUGCUGUUACUGGUUUCAGCUGUCUCCUAAAGGUUGUAUAGUUACUUAGGGUUGCCAUAUUUCAAAAAGUAAAAACCAGGACACCCCAAAGUUGUUGAGCUUUUUGAAGGAAACCACCAGAAUUCUUGAGCCAAAAAAACCACAGUUUUUGGGUUGACUUCUCUAAGAUCCAGGACAAAGAGCCGCCUUUCGGAAAUUCCCCCCGGACAUCAAUUCUGCCUUUGAAAUCCCAGUAAUGUCCAGGAAAAUCUGGACGUGUGGCAGCCCUGUAGUUACUCAUCUCCUUGGCUCAGGGGUUGCAUAACUCCAUACCUUCCAACAUUUCUACGAUGAAAAUAGGGACGUCCUAAGGAAAUGCAGGACAUUCCAGGAUCAAAUCAGAAACUGGGGUGGCAUCUAUAAAUCUGGUGACCUUUUUAACUGCACAUUCAACCUGAUAUGCUUGCGCAGAGCUUGCAAGGAGGAUAGACUUUAUUGAGCAUUCCUUCUGUGUGGUUUUUUAAGGUGAGGUCAUGUGCAUUCAUCCUGAUAUUUAUUUGCUUACAGGAUAUUUAUAUGCCUUGCCAUGAAUCAUUUGUUCACCCCAAGGAUUUCAAUGCAUUUCCCCAUCUCUUUCCUAACUGCAAAACAAUAUGUUUUAUUUCUUGGCAGCAAAGAACUUCAAUUUACUUUUAAAUUGCACAAAUCUAAUUAACAGUGGAAUUGCCUGCAGAAUACUGGCAGUUUUGAGUCAUCCCUGAUCACCUGAUGUCAGUCUUGUGUGGUCUUUCAGAAUGUUGGACCACAAUCCCCACAGUUCACUUACAUAUUCUAUCUGUAAAUAAUUUUUAUUAAUUUUCAAUUAUUAAAAUCCAAUAACAGCCACAUUUUUUCAAUAUCAAAUUACAAUUCCCAUCCAAAUAUAGAUCAAUUAUACGGCCAAUUAUACAUUUUGAAUGACUUCCCAUGUGCUGGGUUUCGGGGUGUAAAGUUCUUAUUUCUUUCUGCUUCCGAAAUCUUAGUUAAUCCAAUUACAUUCAGUCCUGAUCUUAGUCCCUUAUCAACAGCUACUGAUUUCUUGACCUCCAUUCAUGCUGAGAUAUUCAAUUUUAAAAAAAAAAAUCCACGAAAACAGUUUUGUAUCCUGUAAAUUCCCUGUGUGAGAUGUUUAUUUUCCCAUUUGUUUCUUCAUUGUUCUAAUUAGAUCACUUACAUAUUCUAAUUUACAAAGUCGAGAAGGCAUUCUUCACACCUGUUCAUAAUUAUUAAUUUGCAGUGCCUACUUGCUCCCCAUCAGUGAUGUAGAAUGCAAGACCAACUACGCUUGCAUACCCCACUGAACUUUAUUAUGUCCCUAGAGUAAAGGUCAACAGGUCUGGGACUUGUCUACAGGUGGGUGGGUGACCUCACUGGGAAUAACAUGAAAACCGUCUUAACUUCCAUGAUGGAAAAAAGGCAGUAUAUAAACCUACAUAAGUAAAACGGUUUUACUCACAUCUUCAGAUGCCACUCUAGUCAAUCGAUUCCCACACUUUUUGGAUGGUUUAUGUGAGGAAGAUGGGAAUGAAUGGAAUUUUCUACACCAUGCUGCCUGGCUGAGAUGAAGUAUUUUCUUUUCGGAUGUCCCUGUGGGGAUGUCUUAACUGCUCUCUCUUUCUUCCUCCUUAUCAAGCAUAAUGGGUUUUGCAAGGCAUCCAUUAUCCAGUUGCCUCCUGUUCCUGUUCUUGGUGGUGAGCCCAUUCCACCUGCAGAGGAGAUCACCCUAGAUUGUGCUUUAUAUGAUCACCAGGUAGGUGCAAUUUUUAAACAUGGUUUUCAGCAAUUCACACACACAGAGAAUUCACAACCGGUUGCUUGCUCUGAGGUUCACUGGAGAGGGUCUGAUGGUGUACACGAAAGCUAGUUUGGAAACCAAAGCCCUUUGGGACUUGAAGCACGACUACUUCUCCUCUUGCACCAAAUCCUGUAGCACCCAGACUUUGAAUGUUUCUAAUUAUUUGGCCUUCCCCAAUUGGCUUCCGUUACCUUUCCACCCACCCACUUUUCCAGAGAAGCAUCCUGACCCAGCUCCUCCCAAGGCCAACUUCCCUGCUUCCCUGCAGAACAAUUAAGGGAUUCUUCAUCCCUAGAGCUAAAGAGGCUGCUAUCCACGCCCCUGUUGCAGUCCUGCUGCACCCCUUUCUUAGCACUCAUGGCAUUGCUAGGUACUUAGACUCAGGGCAUUGGUCUGUGGCACAAAUCUGCAUGAAACUUGCUUGUGUAUGUGUCUAUGUCUCUGUGCAUGCCUUGGUAGCUCGGAUGGUGGAGCAUGAGACUCUUAAUCUCAGAGUUGUGGGUUCAAGACCCAUGUUGGGCAAAAGAUUCCUGCAUUACUAAGGGUUGGACUAGAUGACCCUUGUCAACUCUAAAAUUUUAUGAUUCUAUGAAUUAAGGUAGGUGAUGGGUCGUUAUUUAGCACCAUUGUGCUCAGCUGCCCUAUAAUCCAAGAAAGAUGCAUUAGUUGAAAAGGCGGGGAAGGGGGAGGAGAUCAUAGAAUCAUAGAAUCAUAGAGUUGGAAGAGACCACAAGGGCCAUCGAGUCCAACCCCCUGCCAAGCAGGAACACCAUCAGAGCACUCCUGACAUAUGGUUGUCAAGCCUCUGCUUAAAGACCUCCAAAGAAGGAGACUCCACCACACUCUUUGGCAGCAAAUUCCACUGUCGAACAGCUCUUACUGUCAGGAAGUUCUUCCUAAUGUUUAGGUGGAAUCUUCUUUCUUGUAGUUUGGAUCCAUUGCUCCGUGUCCGCUUCUCUGGAGCAGCAGAAAACAACCUUUCUCCCUCCUCUAUGUGACAUCCUUUUAUAUAUUUGAACAUGGCUAUCAUAUCACCCCUUAACCUCCUCUUCUCCAGGCUAAACAUGCCCAGCUCCCUUAGCCGUUCCUCAUAAGGCAUCGUUUCCAGGCCUUUGACCAUUUUGGUUGCCCUCCUCUGGACACGUUCCAGUUUGUCAGUGUCCUUCUUGAACUGUGGUGCCCAGAACUGGACACAGUACUCCAGGUGAGGUCUGACCAGAGCAGAAUACAGUGGCACUAUUACUUCCCUUGAUCUAGAUGCUAUACUCCUAUUGAUGCAGCCCAGAAUUGCUGCAAGGAUACAAGGGCCUACCCCAAAAGACCGCCUGGGCCACCUUAAGCAACAGAAUUACCUGCCAUACAUAGGAAGAGGUCCUUUCAUCAGCACUAAUACCGGCUGGUUUAUUUAUUUCAGUGAACCAUUGUCAUUUUUAAAUUAGGUUGCCCAUCUAGAUUUACCUCUGUGAAAGAGGUCUAAUUUGCUGGCCGGGAACCCAGACACAACAAAGGACUUUUAAUGGCUCAACAGAAGUGGUGAUUUCACCAUGCUGGUGACCAAAGCUCCUCCUGUUAAUGGUGAAGGAUUUCUGCCUCCUGCUCAUCCUUCUGUAGGGCCUUGAGGCUGUGCAUUGGGGAGAAACACAAGCCGUAUAGAUCUCUGGGUAUGUCUCCUAGGAUUGCCACCUUUCCUCUGGCAAAAUACAGGGCAGGGGAGGGCAGAAUGGUUAGGGGACGCCUCCCCCCCCCAUCUGCUGCUGAAGUGACUUCAAAGCAAUUCAUUACAAUCUUUUGCAUCCUAACAGAAUGGUCCCUCUACAAUUUGUCUCUCUCUCUCUCACACACACACACACACAAAUUUGUAAAUCUGUCUGUGCUUGGCUACCCAGAGCUUAAUUACAUGACCUUUCCCACACCUUUCAAACACUUGCAUUUGGAGAGAAUCCCUAACUUGGCACACACACACACACAGAGAGAGAGAGAGAGAUGAAGACCUGAAAUACAGGACCUGGCAUUUUACAUCGACAGUCCUGUAUUUUACAGGGCAGGUGGCAACCCUAAUAUCUCCCAUGCCCUCUUUGUUUAUGGGAGUGGAUGGGGAAAGUCAUUGCACCUCAUGAGAUUUGCACCUGCUCAGAGCUUCAAGCUGAGAGGUCUGUAUAUUAUUUAUUCAUUUAUUUGGACUGUGUUCUGACUAGCACCAGCAGACUGGACAUAAUGGUUUUCUUUUCUAGGCCGGCGGUUCCCAUUUCAUCGAGCAUUCCUUGCAUCAUCUUGGGAAGAACAUCCCUUCCCCUGGAACUGGCCGCAGGGUCCUUGACCUCAUCCAUUCGCACAACGACACGCACGCAUCCCAUGAAUCUCACUCUGCCGAAGCUCCAGCCGUCGCGGCAGCAAAGCCUGUCGUCAAGAGAGCGGUGGAAGCUGUGCCACUCCCAGCAAUUUCGCUACAAUUAUGCCCAGGGAGGAUUCGCCACUUUAAGAUAUAG